AGUGGGGCGCAGUGCGAGGCAGUGGGAUGCAGUCUCAAGGUGUGGGGUCGCCGGGCUCCCGGCUAGAAGUCACCUCAUUCCAAUGCCUUGUGACUUUCCCAGCUGGAAGUCGCGCUUUCCCCUCUUCUAUCCCCCGCGUGGAGCCCUGUUGUUCAACAGCCUGAUCGAAACAUCUUGUGUGCACUCUUUGCUUUGGCAUGGAGGGAAGCAGAUCAGAAACUUCUGCAGCUGAUGUGAGUGAGGAGGUAACGUAUAUGUCUGUCAAAUUCUCUCAGGCUUCUCCGCCAAGGGCCAAAGCUUCACAGAAAAAAAGAGCUCCCCGUCUGUGGUCAGCAGUUGUGCUGGGCUUGGCUAUAGGCUUUGGGAUACUGAGCAUCUCCCUGGCAAUUGCUUUGAUUUGGAAGAUGAGUGACUCCUACCCACACUGCCCUGAAGAGUGGUUGGCCUACAGAGGGAGCUGCUACUCCUUCUCCAAGGAGGAGAAGGACUGGAAUUCCAGCCAGGUAUCCUGCUGGUCACAGGGAGCUCACCUCCUGGUCAUCAGUGAUACCUGGGAAAUGGAUCUGUUCAAGCGUAUUCAAGCACAUUGUUUCUGGAUUGGACUGAAGAACAGCACAACCUCUGGGUGGAUUUGGGUGGAUGGCUCUGUAUUCAAUUACACCAAAGUCCUCUUUAACAGCCACGUGCAAAACUGUGCUGUUCUGAGGAGAGGUCAAUUUCAUGCCUCCAGCUGUGAAUUUCGUACUCCAUGGAUCUGUGAGAAAUCUCUUAGAUAAAUCCUAUGUGCAUUUUCAUCUCGUAACGAUCUCAUCAGUGGUAUGAAUUGAUCAUUGUCCUGCAAACCAAAGCGUCACACAAGAGCAAGGACUUGCCUUUUCAAUAUCAUCAUAAAGGUGUUUUACAAGGACAAUUUUGUUGCCCAUAAAUGUGAGUUAUCCUCAGUGGUAGAUUUGUUCUCAGUCCACAUAUGUUAGAUUGCUGCUGUUUGUGACCAGAUGAGACCUCAGACGUAUUCCCAGGCUAGUCUUUCCCUAUUUGUCCUAUAAGAGCAAACAGAAGCUUUGUCACAACAGGUGUCUUCAGAUCUUUUAUGGUGAGCUAUUCAUUUUCCUUCAAUUUUGAGCAUCAGAUUUCAUUUCCAUUCCCUGCAUCUCCAUUGUCCGACAUCAGAAGGACUGGGAAAAUGAAGCCUGAUGCUCAUUGACAGAAACAUAUAAACAGAUUUCUCCAAGUGACAGCCUUUCCCUUUGCAUCCAAGUGCUAUGAGUGGGAUAGAAGAGGGUGACAUGAAAUUACAGCUUCUGUAAAUCCAGCACAGAAAAUAAACCUCUG